UGCGUACCAUUCGUUGUAUAGAUUCAGUACAAUAAUACCCCAAAGUUCCCCGAUAAGCCAAAUUUUUUUAAUCCAACAACAGCGGUCCUUAUCUAUCGAGAAUACGCAGUCAUACAGGGCAGAGUACCAGCGCCUAGGCACUACGUUGCGUCUUGGGUCCUUGGUGACGCGUGGGCUGAGCAGCCAAAACUGGAUUGAUUCCCGACCUCCGAUCAUACGAACAAUCCCUCCCGCAUCUUCAUGUUCUUAUGAUUCCUUUCGUGUGACGUCCCGGAGCUUGUCAGCAUCAUCCUUCACUCUUUUCUUUCUCGACAUCCUCCUAUAGCAUGGCUCCCUUUCGUAACCUCUUGGGUCGGAAACCCGCCCCGCCAACUGGCGCGGACGAUCGCGCGGACGAGAAGAGUCGCACCUCCACAGAUGGCCGUCCCGGUCCCUUGAGCAUCAGGAAAAGCAAUGACAGUAGUACCAAUGAGUAUAAAUUGAGCGUCGUUAAUGGUGACGGUGUUUAUCUUCCUCCAUCCCCAACAGAGAAGGACGGAUUUUGGUCAACAAGGUCGUCGAACCAUCACCACCGUAAUCUAGUCGACGAAAACGAGCCGUUCUCCAUAUCUCGUGAAUCAUUUGAUUCGUAUCGUCGGUCAUUCGACAUUUCCGCCCGCUCCCCUAUAAGCUACACUGAUACGAUGCCUUCUCGAACUUCGCUCGACUCCCGUUUCUCCCAUGUACCGUCUUCACCUGCAGCGAGAGGUAGAAGCUUUGAAAAGCCCUGUCCCGAGUCAACGGAGGAAGAAUGCUUCGUGGACGUGGGGCUCAAUGACGAUGUCAAGCCGAAGAAGAAGGGCAUAUUUUCCCGGUUGGGCGAUUUCUCUUCGUCGAAUGACUCGCAGUCCCCGAAUAACUCUAGACCUUCAUCCUCGCAUCUUGGUUUCCACAUCCCCGGCAGGAAACGGGGCCAGAGCGGCGGCGCAUCGGAAUUGGGCUCUAUAAAAUCACAGCCUGCCGUUACAGAGUCUGAAGCAGCAUAGACUAAUACUAAUGACAUGGUAGUGUGCAUUAUGCAUGUUGUAUGCCUACCAAUGCUUAUUCUUCUGGGGAUGGGGUAAGGGGCGUUCUGGCUGUGCUUGAUCAUGGGUUGGGUCAGAUAAUUCUUUUGGAUCUCCUCUGUGGUAACAGCUUGCUGUCACGGCUUUUUCUUGCCGAGUGUUUUGUUCAUGGCUGCCGCACUUGACUAAUUUUAUGUUUCUCCUCCCUUCAUGUAUCCAGUUGCUAGAAGUAAACCUGUAAUAGCUAUCACUAUCACGAACAUAAUUUGAUGAACUUGCUGAUGAUAAGUGCUGCCAUCUGCC